AAAAAAAAUAAAAACCACGUGCGUGUAGACGGUGUAAACGCGGGUUCAGAACAAAGCAACCCUACUAAAGUCCCUUUCGACGCUCAGACGCUAGCCAGUGAUCCAUCUCUUUGCUACUUCCUCUUUUCGUGCAAAAUGGACAUUGAUUCUAAUUUCCACAAUCUGAACAUCAAGGCAACGAACGAAGGAGGCGUUUCAAUGCAAGUGGAAUCCAAGGACUCGUCAAGCACUCAAGCAGAGGGUAAGGAGACAGAGGAGCUUAAUAAGUCAAUGGAUAAGCUGCAUAUUGAGGGUUCAUCAUCUGGGCAAGCUGAAACUUCACCGGCCAACUUCAGGAAGAAACCAGUUAUCAUUAUUGUUGUAGGAAUGGCAGGGAGUGGAAAAACAACGUUUCUUCAUCGGCUGGUUUGCCACACCCAGGCUUCCAACAUCCGGGGUUAUGUGUUGAACCUUGACCCUGCUGUGCUGACUCUCCCAUUCGGUGCUAACAUUGAUAUAAGAGAUACUGUGAAGUACAAGGAAGUGAUGAAGCAGUUCAAUCUAGGACCUAAUGGUGGAAUUCUGACAUCACUUAACUUGUUUGCUACAAAGUUUGAUGAGGUUGUUUCUGUUAUAGAGAGCCGAGCAGAUCAGCUUGAUUAUGUUCUUGUAGAUACUCCUGGACAGAUUGAAAUAUUCACUUGGUCGGCUUCUGGUGCUAUCAUUACAGAAGCUUUUGCUUCAACCUUCCCUACUGUUAUCACUUAUGUAGUCGAUACACCUCGUUCGUCAAGCCCAGUGACUUUCAUGAGCAAUAUGCUAUAUGCUUGUAGUAUACUUUACAAGACAAGGUUGCCUGUUGUGCUGGCAUUCAACAAGACUGAUGUGGCUCAACAUCAAUUUGCCUUGGAGUGGAUGGAAGACUUUGAGGCAUUUCAAACAGCAGUAAGUUCAGAUCAGUCAUACACAUCGACUUUAAGUCAGAGCCUUUGCCUUGUGCUAGAUGAGUUCUACAAGAAUUUACGUUCUGUUGGAGUGUCGGCUGUCUCUGGUGCUGGAAUGGAGGCCUUCUUCAAGGCCAUUGAAGCAAGUGCUGAGGAAUACAUGGAAACCUAUAGGGCUGAUCUUGACAAGAGACGGGCAGAGAAGCAGCGGUUGGAGGAAGAGCGCAGGAAGGAAAACAUGGAUAAAUUAAGGAAGGAUAUGGAACAGUCUAGGGGAGAAACCGUUGUGUUGAGCACUGGUCUGAAGGACAAAGAAGGCAGGAGAGAAACCAUGAUGGAUGAGGAAGAUGAAAAACUAGAAGAGGAAGAUGAUGAUGAUGAUGACGACUUCGAGAGAUUUUCGGAGGAGGAAGAUGUUAUAGAUGAGGAUGAAGAUGAAGAAGUUGCUAGAUUCUCCUUUUAGUACACCUAUGCUGAUGUAAUCUUCUUGAAAGAAAAAUUUUUGUACAGGGCUUAUCAAGUAACUAAACCUGUAAUUUAACGCCGCAUAGGAUUGUGGUAGUUGUGUUUGCCAUUUACAUAUCUCAGCGAAAGAAGUUUCUGCAGUUUGAUUUGAUUUUA